CGGGGAGGAGGUGGCGUUCCGUUGGUGACGUUAAGCUCCGGCGGCGCCGGCAGGGCGUUCUCCGGAGCUGUGCGGCCAGCUCGCCGCCGUCCCGCUGCAGCGCUCGCGAUGGGCGCCCAGGACCGGCCGCAGUGUCACUUCGACAUCGAGAUCAACCGGGAGCCGGUUGGUCGAAUUAUGUUUCAGCUCUUCUCAGAUAUAUGUCCAAAAACAUGCAAAAACUUCCUAUGCCUGUGCUCAGGUGAGUGAGUUUUUAACUUGUUUCCAAUAAGAAUGACUGGCUACUUACAGAUGUAUCUGCUUUAAGGCAGGAGAAUGAGAACCUUCAUAAAUAUAUAAUGAAUGCCAGCAAUAUUUUGCUGACAGGACCCUGAUAUAGCUGUCUCUUGUGAGGCUAUGCCAGUGCCUGGCAAAUGCAGAAGUGGAUGCUCACAGUCAUUUAUUGGAUGGAACACAGGGCCCCCAAUGAAGGAGCUAGAGAAAGUACCCAAGGAGCUAAAGGGGUCUGCAACCCUGUAGGUGGCACAACAAUAUGAACUAACCAGCACCCCCAGAGCUUGUGUCUCUAGCUGCAUAUGUAGCAGUAGAUGGCCUAGUUGGCCAUCAUUGGGAGGAGAAGCCCUUGGUCUUGUGAAGAUUAUAUGCCCCAAUACAGGGGAAUGCCAGGGCCAAGAGGCAGGUAUGUGUGGGUUGGGGAGCAGGGUAGGGGGAGGGUAUAGAAGACUUUCGAGAUAGCUUGACAUAUAAAUAAAGAAAAUAUCUAAUAAAAAAGAAAACAUUAAAAAAAUAAAUAUAUAAUGAUCUGUUAAGUGAGUUAUAUAGCUAAAACUUGAAUAUGAUAUGAAAUAUGAAUGAAGGAAACAUUUCUUAAAAGAGGACAGGAUGAAAAAGAAAUAAUCUUUAAAAUGAUAAGGAUCUACUUCAUAUAAUACACUCUUUAUGUAUUAGUUUGUCAAAUAAGACAUUUCAAAAUUAAUUUGGCCUGGGAAAAUGUUGUUAUCCAAAUGUUAAUUCUUUAAAUAAAUUUAGUGUUUCAUUGGCUUUUUUUAAAAAUUGCUUUUCAUUAUGUAUCAUUGCUUACUCCCUUGCCAAGAAGAAUAAAACAGGGUUAAUGCUAAACAUGUAAAAUAGCAACUUUAAUUUUUAAAAACCUAUGUUUGAACUGAUUUUCUUGUUUUCAUUCUUUAGUGAAAUAAUUCUCUUCAUUUUUACCUCCUGUAGCAUGUAGAAUUGUCUCUGGAUCAGUUUAAAACAUACACUGCUUUGCAUUAUUUAUUUUGGUGUGUGCAUUAUGUAUAUAUGCUACAUACAUUGUGUCAUCUGUCUGUGUCUUACAUCUCUCAUAGUAUCAGCAUGGGAGGGAUUUCACCACAAAUUAGUUGGUUGGUUAUUCCCAUGGAGUGAUGGGUUUGUAGCUAAACUUCUUUUUUUCUUUUCCCCCAGGGGAGAAAGGCCUUGGGAAAACAACUGGGAAGAAGUUAUGUUAUAAAGGUUCUACAUUCCACCGUGUGGUUAAAAACUUUAUGAUUCAGGGUGGGGACUUCAGUGAAGGUAGAGAUAAAAGUUAUAUUCCUAAUAAAUCCAUCCAUCAGUUUUUAAAGAAUCUCAGUAUUGCUUUAAUUGUAUCAUGUCACAGAAUGAUGAGAACAUUGUGUCCUCAGUGUAUCCUUGUUGGAUGAACAAAGGUUAUACAUCUAGAAUUUGUGAAAAAGUAAAGACUGUGAUACUUUAUUUUGUUUAUGUAAUUUAUUUUAGUAACAUAAUUAUCAGAGAGAUUACCUUACAGUGAACACCACAGUACUGUCCAUUUACAUCUAUUCUAGAAAUUUCUUGGUGUGACUAUCUAUUACUUGAAACAAUUGUGUCAUGGGGUCAUUUUUCUGAUAGUAUUUUUCAUGAUAUGUUAAAUAUUAACUGAAUGUUCCUAGAGUCACAGAGCUUUUGGGGUUUUUGUUUUAUUUGUAGCAAUUAAAAGGUUUAAGAGUUCCUUCAGCAUAUUAAAGCCAUCAAAAAUAAUUUAUUGGGCUGAAAAUGUAGCUGAAUGGUGGAACAUUUGCUUGGUUUGUCCUAGGCCUUGGUUUCACUCUCAAGUACUACAGUGACAGUAAUAAUAGUAAUAGAGGUGGGUGUGAUGGCACACACCUGUAAUCCCAACACUUGGGAGGCAGAGGCCAGGGAUUUUGAGUUUAAGGAUUUUGAGGUCACCCUGAUCUACAGUGGUGAGACUGUGUCUUAAAUCUGAAGCACGUGGAACCAGCAAGGUACUCAGUAGGUAAAGGCACGUGUGACCAAGCCUCAUAACCUGAGUUUAGUCCCUGGGAUUCACAUGGUGGAAGGAGAGAACCAGCUCCUGCAAAUGGUGCUCUCACCUCCACAUUCACAAUAUUGCACACACAUACAUGUACAUGCAUGUGCACAUACACACACAAAAUAAUGUUAAAAAUAUAAUUAUUACCAUGUAUGGAAUAUUUAAAAUUUUUAUUAUAACUCACUGUUUUCAGGUAAUGGAAAAGGUGGAGAAUCAAUAUAUGGUGGAUACUUUAAAGAGAAUGUGGUCUUUUGCAAAAUGAAAAGAUGAAAACUUUAUUCUCAAACAUGACAGAGCGUUCCUUUUGUCAAUGGCAAAUCGAGGGAAACAUACCAAUGGUUCCCAGUUUUUCAUAACUACAAAGCCUGCUCCACACCUGGACGGGGUUCAUGUUGUAUUUGGACUGGUAAUAUCUGGUUUUGAAGUAAUUGAACAGAUUGAAAAUCUGAAAACAGAUGCUGCAAGCAGACCUUAUGCAGAUGUCCGAGUUAUUGACUGUGGGGUGCUGGCCACAAAGUUGACAAAAGAUGUUUUUGAGAAAAAAAGGAAGAAACCAACCCAUUCAGAAGACUCGGACUCUUCUUCCAAUUCCUCUUCCUCUUCAGAAUCAUCCUCAGAAAGUGAAGUUGAACGAGAGAGAAUCAGAAGGAGGAGACAUAAGAGGAGGCCAAAAGUCAGACAUACUAAAAAGAGACGGAAAGAAAUGAGUGGUUCAGAAGAACAGAGGAGGAAGCGCACAGUAAGCCCUGAAGGUUAUUCUGAGAGGAGUGAUGUGAAUGAAAAAAGAUCAGUUGACUCAAACACUAAAAGAGAAAAGCCUGUUGUCCGCCCAGAAGAGAUUCCUCCAGUUCCUGAGAACCGAUUUUUACUUAGAAGAGAUAUGCCUGCUAUCACUGUGGAGCCUGAACAGAACAUUCCAGAUGUUGCACCUGUUGUAAAUGAUCAGAAACCAUCUGUAUCAAAGUCUGGACGGAAAAUCAAAGGAAGAGGCACAAUUCGCUAUCACACACCUCCAAGGUCAAGAUCCCACUCUGAGUCUGAAGAUGAUGACAGCAGUGAAACUCCUCCUCACUGGAAGGAGGAGAUGCAGAGACUGAGAGCUUACAGGCCACCGAGCGGAGAGAAGUGGAGCAAAGGAGACAAGCUAAGUGACCCCUGUUCAAGCCAAUGGGAUGAAAGAAGCUUGUCCCAGAGAUCCAGAUCAUGGUCCUAUAAUGGAUACUAUUCAGAUCUUAGUACAGCGAGACAUUCUGAUGGUCACCACAAGAAACGCAGAAAGGAAAAGAAGUUUAAGCAUAAAAAAAAAGCUAAAAAGCAGAAACAUUGCAGAAGACACAGACAGACAAAAAAGAGAAUAGUUAUGCCUGAUUUGGAACCCUCACGAUCUCCCACCCACCGAAUGAAGUCCUCCUGUGUUAGAGAAAGGAGAUCUCGCGCCUCAUCCUCAUCCUCUCAUCACUCAUCCAAGCGGGACUGGUCUAAAUCAGACCAGGAUGAUCGGAGUGCUUCAACCCAUUCCAGCAGGGACUCCUACAGAUCCAAGUCUCAUUCACGAUCAGAUUCUAGAGGGAGCUCUAGAUCAAGGGCUGUGUCAAAGUCCUCAUCUCGUUCUCUCAACAGAUCAAAGUCUAGAUCUAGUUCCAGGUCAGGACCCCGAAGAACAUCAAUAUCCCCCAAAAAACCUGCUCAGCUGAGUGAAAAUAAGCCAGUUAAGACAGAACCUUUAAGGCCAUCGAUGCCACAGAAUGGAAAUGUGCUAGUACAGCCAGUGGCAGCAGAAAACAUUCCUGUAAUACCAUUGAGUGACAGCCCUCCCCCUUCUAGGUGGAAGCCUGGGCAGAAGCCCUGGAAGCCCUCUUAUGAGCGAAUUCAGGAGAUGAAAGCUAAAACAACCCACUUGCUGCCUGUCCAAAGCACAUACAGUUUAACAAAUAUUAAAGCAACCGUGAGUUCAUCAUCUUAUCACAAAAGAGAAAAACAUUCAGAAAGUGAUGGGAGUGCUUAUUCAAAGUACAGUGAUAGAAGUUCUGGAAGCUCAGGAAGGUCAAGGAGCAAGUCUUCUAGGAGCAGGUCAUCCUCCAGAUCAUACACAAGGUCAAGGUCACGAAGUGUCCCUACUUCACGCUCACUCUCUAGGUCUCUGUCAUCUAGGUCUCACUCACCAAAUAAGUACAGUGAUGGUUCCCAGCACAGUAGGUCAUCUUCAUAUACUUCUGUUAGCAGUGAUGAUGGAAGACGAGCCACAUUUAGAUCCAACAGGAAAAAAAGUGUCACUUCAAAUAAAAAACAUCGCAGCAACUCUGAAAAGACACUUCAUAGUAAAUAUGUCAGAAGCAGAGAGAAAUCUUCAUGUCACAGAAAGUAUAGUGAAAGCAGAUCAUCUUUAGAUUACUCUUCAGACAGUGAACAGUCACAUGUUCAAGUAUACUCAGCCCCAGAGAAGGAGAAGCAGGGAAAAGUGGAAGCAUUGAAUGAUAAGCAGGGGAAAGGCAGAAAAGAAGGAAAACCCAAGCCUGAAUGGGAAUGUCCUCGUUCUAAAAAGAGAACUCUGAAAGAUGAUCUCCCUGAUCACUCUAGAGAUGACAGUGUGUCCAAAGGGAAGAACUGUGCUGGGAGUAAAUGGGACUCUGAAUCCAACUCAGAGCAAGAUGUGACUGAGAGCAGGAAAAGUGAUCCCCGUAGAGGUUCUGAAAAGGAGGAAGGUGAGGCCUCUUCAGACUCGGAGUCAGAAGUUGGCCAGAGUCACAUCAAAGCCAAACCCCCAGCAAAGCCUCCAACAAACACUUUUCUGCCCGGCAGUGACAGUGCCUGGAGGGCUAGGAGACCACAGUCUUCGGCCUCUGAGUCGGAGAGCUCCUGCUCCAACUUGGGGAACAUUAGAGUAGAGUCCCAGAAGCAAAAACACUCAAAGGAUGAUCUUAAGGGGGAUCAUACAAAAAGGGUGAGAGAGAAAUCAAAAGCUAAAAAAGACAAAAAACACAAGACUCCAAAACGGAAACAAGCUUUCCACUGGCAACCUCCACUAGAGUUUGGUGACGAGGAGGAGGAGGAGAUGAAUGGAAAGCAAGUUUCGCAGGACCCAAAAGAGAAAAGGCAUGCCUCUGAGAAGUGUGAAGCUGUGAAAGACAGCAUUCCAAAAGUCGAGAAAACCUGUGAUGAAGGCAGCUCUCCAAGUAAACCCAAGAAGGGUACUUUAGAGCAGGACCCACUUGCAGAGGGUGAAAAUGAUCCCAGCUCUUGUCCUGCACCUCUGAAAGUGGAGGAAAACACUACCAGCUCUCCACCUAGCACCCAGCAGCUUGAAGAACAUGUCCCAGGUGGAGGGGAGGACGUGCUUCAGACAGAUGACAACAUGGAGAUUUGCACCCCUGAUAGGACUUCCCCUGCAAAGGGAGAGGGGGUGUCCCCUUUAGCAAACCACAGGCUAGACAUCCCAGAGGUGAGCACUAUUCCAGAGCAGGAUGAGCGUAUGGCACAUCCCAGAGCAGGAGGGAAACAAGAGAGUAGCAUGUCUGAAAGCAAGACCUUGGGUGGAAGUGGGGUUAAACAGGACAGCUCUACCAGCAUGACCAGUCCUGUAGAAACUGCUGGAAAGAAGGAGGGGGCUGAGAAGAGCCAGGUGAACCUCACAGAUAAGUGGAAGCCAUUGCAAGGUGUAGGGAAUCUGUCAGUGUCUGCUGCAACCACAUCCAGUGCUCUGGAUGUGAAAGCAUUAUCUACUGUGCCUGAAGUGAAACCACAAGGCUUGAGGAUAGAAAUCAAAAGCAAAAAUAAGGUUCGGCCUGGGUCCCUCUUUGAUGAAGUAAGAAAGACGGCACGCCUAAAUCGAAGGCCACGGAAUCGAGAGAGUUCCAGUGACGAGCAGACACCUAGUCGGGACGGUGAUAGCCAGUCCAGGAGUCCACACAGAUCUCGAAGUAAAUCUGAAACCAAAUCUCGACACAGAACAAGGUCUGUCUCGUACAGUCACUCACGAAGUCGAUCUAGAAGUUCUACCUCAUCUUACCGAUCAAGAAGCUACUCUAGAAGCCGGAGCAGGGGCUGGUAUAGCAGAGGCCGAACCCGCAGCCGGAGCAGUUCCUAUGGAAGUUUCCAUAGUCACAGGACGUCCAGCAGGAGCCGGUCCAGGAGCAGCUCCUAUGACCCCCACAGCCGCUCCAGCAGAUCCUACACCUACGAUAGCUACUACAGCCGGAGUCGCAGCCGCAGCCGCAGCCAGAGGAGUGACAGUUACCAUCGGGGUAGAAGUUACAACAGGCGGUCCAGGAGCGGUAGAUCCUAUGGCUCAGACAGUGAAAGUGACAGAAGUUACUCUCAUCACCGGAGCCCCAGUGAGAGCAGCAGAUACAGCUGAGGUGUCUCUAUACAGAUUGUGUCUUAAGUGUAAAUACCUGGUAACUUAAAGCUUAAGAAACUGGAUGGCAGUCUGUUGUGUUUUAGUAUUAGACCUCAAUCCAAUAGUGGAUAUUUCUUGUCACUUAUUUACAUGUGUGCAAAAGAAUUUAAAGUGCAGAUGUCCCUAGAAAUAUUUUUAUGACCCAUUUUACAGUAGGCAACUAUGGAAUUUUCAUUUUCUUGAAUCAAGAAAUGGUAAAUUUGAUGUAAGUAUAAUUUGCAGUGUCACUGUAGAUAGGGUUUUCUGUAGAUCACAUUGUCUGUAGAAUUCAGGUUUCUUCUUGUUUCAGGUUUUAGCAUCCAUGCUGCCAAACAGAAUUGUGGAAAGCUGUCACAAGACACAUGUUCCCCAUGUCCCCAUGCUGGUUGUCUUCUUGGUGUAUGCUGUCAGAUGAGGCUAUCCACAUCCAUAUUGACUAUGGCCAGGUGUGCAGGGUGGUAGCUCAUGCCUGUGUCUGCAGCAGACUGUCCCAGCUGUGAGCACCCACACUGCCUGAGGGCUCUGCCUUCUCACAGUGAAUGCCAGCUCAGAGAGUGACUGUGUUGCCUGCCACCCCAGCUCCUGCUUGGUGCUUGGUGCCUUUGGUUCCUCGUAUACCCUAUGUCAUAUUGUCACAUACUGCAUUUCCUGAUGCCAGGAAAUGAAUUGUUUUGUUUGUUUUUUUUAAAUUCACUGGCACCAAAAAUUAUUUCUUCUGAGCUGGGUUCACUGUGAGUGUAGGGGCUUCAUCCAAACACAGAUAUGUGGUGGAACAGAACCUGUAUGGCUGGUCAUCUUGUUCUGCACAUGUGUGCUAAAGUGCUGAAGAAUGUCCUUCAGAAGCAGCUCCACAGGCCUUAAGUACUACACCCCAGAGACACUCCGGCCAAGCUUUACUCUCACUGUGGCAAUAGUAGCAGCCCUGCCCCCACCCCACCCCACCCGCUGCCCCCUGACUCCGUGAAGCUCUGCCUGAUGGAGAAACCCAGGACAAAAGUUGGGGGCAGCAGGGUCACAGGCUCUGCUGCACAGAAAGGUGUUCUUGCGGCCUUGUGCGGCUCCUCCCGGAGGAAUUUGACCUGCAAUAACUGGUGUGGGUUUGUCUCUUUGUUGUUUUACUCUUUAGUUUGCAUUCUUUCCCCAAGUGUACUUAAUCACCUUAGUGCCGGUUAAAUCCAGUUCACAGACUUCCUGUCAGGUAUAUGGUGUAGAAGUCUAUACUAUCCUAUCCCACUCAGGCCUUGCUAGUGCAUUUGAGAACAGAAAAAGCCUUGGGCUGGAGGAUCUUACUAAAGCCUUGGCCAGAUGGAGGGGGGAGGUACUGGAUAUAUGAAAGUAGUCUUCCAGGGCCAUGUGGCUCAGUGAUAUAUAGCAUGUGCUUAGCAUGUAAGUAGCUCGGGGAUCAGAGGUCAGCACCCCACAAAUAAAUAAUGGUGUUACUCUGUGAUGUAUGUAAGCAGCAUUUUGAUGGCCAUCCAGCUGUUGUUCACCAUGUCUGUAAAUUAGUUGAUUAGAAAGAAGUAUAGCUUCAGAACUCAGUGCUUGGCGGGUUAGAUGUGUGGUUUAUAGUGAGUGGUUCCUUUUUUUUUUUUUUUUUUUUU